AUGGAUUUACUUCAGUUCGCACUUGGAAGAGGCAAAGAGAAGAAAGUACAAGGGAGAUUCAGUGAGGAGGAGGAGGAGGAGGAGGAGGAGGUAGCAUUGGGUAAGCUGCUUUACCGUAGUGAGAGAUGCGGUGUUGGAGAAGGUGAAAGAUGUAUGGGAGCAGGAGAGGUGGUGAAGAAUGUGGAGGAAGAGGAGGAUGUUGCCAGACUGAUGGUAAAGAAGGCUCGAGGGGCAAGUGAUGCGCCACAGACGCCUAAGAGAGCCACCGAAGCUAUCGACAAAAUGGUUAGCGAUGCAGACGACCGACGCAUAGGCACAAUUAGCAACCGAUUUCCCUGUCAUGUGGACAUCUACGCCAAGAGACUGAUAGGCGGUUUCAUGCAGUACAGGGUGGAUAUGGAGGCGCCCAAUGUGUGGAGCCUUGUGGGGUGUGCAAAGAGCCUCGAUUCGGCACUAGGCUGGCACCUCAUGCAACAGCUUAGGUGGGCUUGCAGCUUGCAGUUGGACUGCCCACGAAGCACUUCGGCUCACCCACACCCAAUCAUGCAGACUAUCACUAACAUAUGA